AUGGCGGCAGCAGACAGCGCCUCAGCCGCCCUCCGGCGCCGUGACCUGUGCAGCCGAGGCAUCCGCCUGGCCGGGAAGAUGCGCUCAGACGUCGUCGACCUCCUGGACACCUACGUGGAGCGGCAAGGCUUGGACGCCUCGGCCAGCGUGGCAGUGGUGGAGGGGGUGCCGGCGGCAGCGGCGGAGCGCUGGGAUGAGCAGACGGGGACCCAGCGGCUGCUGGAGAACCUGGCAGCGUACCGGGCCUUCCGGGCCCUGCUGGCCCAGAUGCUGGAGGAGCAGCGGGAGCAGCUGGGUGAGGCCGAUGCUGCCCUGGGCCGGGCGCUGGCAGCCGUCCUGCUCCAGGUCUCGGCCUUCGCCUACCACCUUGAGGAGCUGCUGCGGCUGGAGAGCCGCGGGCCCCCCAGCGAGGAGGGGGCUGGGCCCCCCCCGGCCCCCCACCUCGGCCUCUUCGAGAGGAAGCUGAGGGGCCUGGGGGUG